GCGGGCAGCGAAGGCGGAAGUGUACUCCCGUUGCCAUGGAUACGGCUGGGACGCGCUCGAGCCUCUCCGCUUUCGCUGUCGCUGCGAACAAGAACCGCGGUACAGUGACCGGAGUGUGUGUGUGUGUGUGUGUGUGUGUGUGUGUGUAACGCGGCACUGGUUCACACCACACUUACACACCUACGUCACGUGCUCGUUCGGCCUCGCGACUCGCCAUCAUGUCCAGCCUGGGCAGGUCCACGGGAAGGAGCUCGAAGAAGGAGGUGCCCCACCGGACGCCCUCGGAGAAGAAGCGACUGAAGACCUCAGAAGAGUUCUCAGAUGAACAACCCCAUAGCCCAAUCCUCAAGGGGGAGGACAUUCAGGCCCUGGCCAUCCGAUUGGAGGACCUGGAGAAGCUACGGACCCCGCAGCCCCCACAAGAGAAAGCCCCUGGACUGACUCGGGUUCUGGUGAAGAGAAGGCUUCCUCAGGAGGAGGAGCGGAAGAUGGUGAGGGUGGUCGUGGCCAGGCCCAUUCCACCUGGGACCCCAGUGGUACCGCUGGACUACACAGGUCUUGGGGGCCCUCGGUUUGAUGCCAAGGGUAUGAUCCUGCCCCACAGCAUUCUGGGAAGCCUUGAGGACUUCAGAAAGGAAAUGGAGACCAGAGGAGAGAUGGAGCUAGCGAGACGAGUGCCAGUGCGUCCAGCAAGUUGCCCCGUGGCGUCAGCCAUGCAGAAGGUGGACACUCCCGAACCGCUUAGUCCCCCAGACCAGCAGGUCCAUGCUCUUCGGCACUGGAAACACCACAUGAAUGAAAGGCGGCGCCAGCAGGAUUUCCUUUCCCAGGUCCUUGACAAACCUGUCCAGAACCUGCUGAUGAACCAGUCCAGCCGGUUCAGAGAGACCCAGGAGGAGCGGGAACUCAUCAGCCGAGGACUCCCUGCCUUGCUCUUCGGCCAGGCGUUCUGUGGGGGUAGCGAGUUCUGGAACAUUCCCAAGCGCAUUGGGGAUGAGCUCAGUGGCAUCAUGGCCACCCUGACCCAGACGGAACGAGGAAAUCCAGAGCCCAUCGCACACAUCGGGCUGCCGAGGAGGAUUCGAGAAGAGUCAGGCAGCGUUUUUCCGGAUGACUCUCCCUCCGUCUUCCAAACCUGGGACCACAGCCUCUACUUGCAGCAGCGGCGGCAGGAGCUCAAGGAGGUUCUGAAGGACCUGGACUUCAACCAGCCUGAGAUCGACGGGCUGGAGGUCAUCGGGAGCAGCGGGGCGUUCACCUCCGUCACCGCCGAGCGCUGCCCCCUGCUGGAGGAGGAGGCGCCGCACGAGGAGGAGGGCAGCGAGCAGCACAAGGAAAACCUAGACGCCCUGGUGCAGGAGGACGACGUCCCGAUAGGCGGUUUGCUCGUUCCCGCCCUGCGCUUCUGCGGUCAGCCCGCCCUCUGGACCGGCAGUCCCUCGUCGCACCGGGGGGAGCUGGGCAUCGCGGCUCGGCUCACGUUCGAGGCGCCGACGGGGCGGCGGGCCUCCUCGAACCUGGAGCUGCAGAACGAGGGCAACACGGCCCUGUACUACAGCUGGAAGCGCCUGGCGCUGCCCCACAGCUACCCCGAGAUGCGGCGCAUCACGAGCGCACAGCGCUUCUACUUCAACGGCAGCACAGGAGUGAUCCUGCCGGGAGAAACGCGACGCAUCCAGUUCAUCUUCAAGUCGACCACGGCGGGGAUUUUCAAGGAGAUGUGGGGUCUGAACACACACCCGGUGCUGCUAGGGGGCGCUCUGGUGAGGGUCACGCUCUGGGGGGUGGCGCUCUGCCAGGACAAGAACGCCGAGCGGCGGCAAGCGCUGCAGCGCGACCUGCUCAGGAAGGAGGCCGUGUUCGUGUGCCGGCGGCUGCUGACGGAGCUCAUCGAUGCCUUGCGCCCCCCAGAGAGGCCGCGCUCCCCGGCGGAGCUCUAUGUCACCGAGGAGCAGCAUUUCCACACGCUCAACCCCAAGCUGCACUUCCAUCACAGCACCGUAGAGCAGCUGAAGCGCCUUUGGGGUCAAGCGACAGGGUGGGCGGAGCCAGUGAAGGGCAACAUACCCCCAGAGCCACUAUCUUGGGACCUCUCCGUGUCCAGCCUGAGACAGGCUUUGCUGACCAUGCCGGAGGGGGACUGCAAGGAGGAGGCAUUGGUUCAGUUCAACGCCCUGCUGGUGGAGCUCCAUGGUCGCCCACAGCAGGCUCCGCCCCUGUCCCCGCACGCCAUUGGGCUGCAGUUGUGGAGGGAGCUGCUGGACGGGCUCGUGAGCGAGGCCAUGUGGCAGAGACAGAUGCUGGGGCUGCCUGAGACGGACUCGUGGGGAGAGGACACCUACGUGAAGCCCAAGAGACACAGUGCCACCCCGCUUCAUUCCGACGCCGCGGACAAACUGAGGAAGGAGGAGAGGAAAGCGGGGGCGCCCCACAACGGGGAGAAGAAGGCAGAGCUCCCUCAGGAGAAGGACGAGAAGAAAGGAGCAGUGAGACACUCAGCCAAAGACAAGUCCACAGAGGAGCUCCACUCCGUUAAGAGGAAGGUCCACGAAGAUAAGCGUCCUGGGAAGCCCGAGAAGGAGCCGGAAAAGGAGCCCGUGUCCAAGAGUAACAGUCCAGAGGCUGAACCCCUCAGGACCCCGACUGAGCAAGUGGACUUUGCGCUGAAGGAGAAGGUCCGUCGGCACCUUCACCGGCAGGUGCAUGUUCUCAUGGAGGCCCUGGUGGACUCGCUCUGUGAGCUGCUGGAUGAGGCUCAAAGCUCCGAAUGAAGAUCUACCCGUUCUGCCUUGUCGGUCAGAAGGUCCCUCAGUUCCGCCUCUAUUAAAAAUGCCGCAAGUUUCUCGACAUCCACGUGAUCUGCACGGGUCUGUCGGUACAGCUGUGGGGUCCCGUCCCCGGAGUGCAGGACACUUUCCUUUUGUUUCAGAAUUGUUUCUUGAUUGUUUCUAUGCUUCUCUGACCCCAUAAACUAUCAGUCUCUCAGCAACACUCUAAAGCAAGAGCACGUGCCCCGCAGCAGUGUAAUUGGGUAGAGUUUGACGUGUUACCGCGGUACAUGUGUACAGGCCUCGACAGGCCCGUUCGAGCCCACGCCGCCAUAAUAAGCAGAUGUGCUUCUGGGUUCUACGCUAUAAUCCCAAGGGGGCGGAUGCCGGUUGGUGGCCAUGCAUGGAGCGGUGUGUGUGUGGCCCAGUCUGAGGGGUGUUUACGUGACGAGAAGCCCAGGCGAUGCAGUUGCACCAGCUUGUCCUCCAGCUACUGCUCCUCCUGCAGCUUCGCUCCCACUGCCGCCCAGUGACCGUUCAGUGAAUCGGCCACCUGUGGACUUCCUGGCCCAAGCGGUGGGCUGGUGCUUCGCUAGGUGAGAAGGUGCGUUGCGUUGAGUCGAGUCGCUGCAGGUGUGAGCGCCAACCCCUGUGGGACACAUAGGACCUUCAGGUUCCCUCGAUCCUCAUCUGUGGGUGAGGCUGUAGCUACACCACCCUCCACCUCCAGCUGGAAGCCUCUCCUCAGAAGAUGUACCGCGAUUACUCUGGAAACGUGGUUGGGCGCCACCUAAUUCACGCCACUGUUUGAGCAUCUUCACGAAUGCGCUGCACAAACAUCACACAUGACACACACUAACACACCGCUGCCAGGAACCUUCUGAGCUCCACAGGAUGGCCUGAGAGACGCUGUAGGUGGGUUAAUGGUUAAGACACCUUCCCUGUGCACUCCACUGAUGCUGGGAGGAUGAAUAAUACCCAGGUUGAACGGAGCUCCUUGCGUGGGAAAAGUUAGCGUUGUUCAGACGGUGCCCAGCUCAGUGAAAGCAGGCUUUGCCUUCUGCACUUGAGCUCUUCACUGCAGACAAAACAUCUGCCCAGACUUUGCGUCCCGUAGGGUUCAUGUUGACCUCUGAACCUUAGAAACGUGAUUCCAAAUUCAUCUCUGAGAUAUGAAGAGCGUGACUGCACAGACCUGGUUAGAUGGUAAAUUGAAGACGUCACAAGGUUCCUCAGGCACUCCGCAUGUGUCCUUGUGGGUUCUGCCCUCACACGCACCAUGUUAUUCAUAACAUCCAAAUUUACAUAUCACCGUCUCAGUUCUUCGUUCAGCGCAUUUUCAUAGAGCUCUUCACACCAAGGGGACACGGAGCGUUGAACAAAGUUCCAGGGAAGGACUCAACACAGAAGAGCAGUAGUUCUAGUUUACUGUUAAGAAAAACCAGCUGGCAGCUGAGGAGAGGAAAAAAAAAAACAACUCCCAAUGAAGAAGAAAGGAAGAAACAAAAACCUCUUGGGGUCCAAGUACCAGUGCCCCCCCUAAUGCCCGGUGUUCCCAGGAUGGGUUCUGGACCACGGUGAUCCUGAUCAGGACAAGCAGUUGUUGAGAGUGAGUCGGUUAGGGUUACUGUUCACAUAAAAUACCACAUUGUCUACAUGUUUAUUAUAUUGAGAUGCAUCCAUGCAAUAUAAGUGAAUAAAUUGUUAUGAAGGAA